GUUUUGGAGUUUCCCCAAAGGACGAUAAUGAUUCCCCGUUUGGUGCCACGAAUAUAAACAAAUGUCGAUGAAAUAGGACUGGAUAUGUCUGAUUAUCCUCAAGAUGAAUACUAUAUACUCCUUACUACAAAGAUAGGAAAAAAGAAAGAGUCAGGAAUUCUUAGAAAAUCAUAUUCUCGUGUGGAAGUCCUAGCAGGCACACUUCUGCUUAGAGUAAGCGAUAGUGAGAGGGACGAAAAUGGGAUUGCAAUUUGGACCUUAGAAACAUUAGAACCGGAAAAUAUUGAAGUAGAAUGUAAACCAGUAUUCGAUGAAAUAAAACAAAUUGAUCGAUUGGAACUACAAUUAUUACAGCCGAUCCCAGUAUGUAGUGAAAGGAUUGCAGUUUACAUGAACAGUAAUUGGCUUCAAGAGGGCCUCAAUUUAAAGGUUGGAGAUGGAGUUAUUGUUUAUUUAAAAGGUCACCCUGAGUUACAGGGCCUUCUCAGGUAUAGAGGAGAGCUACCAGGACAAAAAGGAAUCCAAUUUGGAGUAGAAUUAGCACCGGAACAUAGAGGUAAAGGUACUUGUGAUGGAGUAUUCCGUAAAAAACGGUUCUUCACAUGUGAACCAAACUGUGGGGUUUUUGUACCUCUGCAUAAGAUUCGAGCUGACCCAACAUCUAGACAUGUUGUUAAUACAGCUACUGCAAGUUUAAGACAGGAAAUAGCUGAAUGUGGUUUAAGGAUUGGUAACCAGAUUGUCUGGCUUAGUGACAAUGGACCUGAAUAUGGAGAGGUUAAGUGGGUCGGGGUAUUACCAGAUUCGCGCAGAAAUGAUAUUACUGUUGGAGUGGAAUUUGUAAACCCAGUUGGGUCAGGUACAGGGAAAUAUAAAAGUCACAGAUUGUUCCAUGCUAAACCACAGCAUGCUUCUCUGGUACCAAUCAUGGGACUAAUGAAAGCAGAAGAGUAUCUAGCCAUGCAGGCUCCAACUACAGACACUUAUACUUAUGGAUCACCACAACCAGAAGUCGUAGCCUUACCUCCUGAAGACAUUAAAGUGCCAGAGACUAUUGAGAGAGUUAUACCCAAUUCACAACAGGUAGAAGUAGAAGUUCACUCAACGAACCGACCUCAGUUUGUCUCACCAGUCAAACCAAUACAAAAGCUAUAUCCUGAAGAAUCAAGGGAACCUAGCAUGAACCCAUUAUAUGAGUACCAAAUAAAUCAAAAAUUGAAGAAGGAACAAUCUCAGCAGAGUCUGCAGUCCUCCGAGCCAGGAAGUCAGUCUAUUGAACCUCCAGGGACUCGUAAAAGUAUGAAGUCCAUUCCUCCUGCUGAUCCAGAUCUAGAAGUGGGGUCUAUGGUUGAAGUCAUGCAGAAUCCUCCAUUAUAUGGUGUGAUAAGGUGGGUUGGUUCCCUGCCAGACCAGAAGGAACCAACAAGGCCAAUUGCUGGGUUAGAAAUGGAGGAGGAAAUUUCUGCUGGAACAGAUGGAACUUUUAAGAAAAUUCGUUAUUUCUCAUGUCCCGAUAAAAAAGGAUUUUUUGUACCUCUUUAUAAGUGUCGUAAAGAUAAACGUUUUGUUGAUCAACAUGGAAGAGGAGCUUUAGGAAAUAAUUUUGGAAGUUUUGAAACUCCUGACGUUCAUGGAAACAUCUCUCCUCCAGAUUCAUUAAGUGAAAGUGAAAUCGGAACUAAAAUUUGUGGGAAACAAAAAGGAAUUCAAGGUCACCAUAACUCUUGUUAUUUAGAUGCUACUUUGUUUGCAAUGUUUUAUUUUACAACUGUAUAUGAUGGAAUAUUAUAUAGACCUAAACGUUUAGAUGACCAUCAAGAAUAUGAAGAAGUUAUAAAUGUUCUGAAGGAAGGAAUAGUCAAUCCUUUAAGAUGUCAUUUCUAUGUAAGAGCGGAUAAAGUGAUGAAACUACGCCACCUAUUGGAUAAACUUGGAAAUAUACCAGGGAUGAUGAGUGAAGAAAAAGAUCCAGAAGAGUUUUUAUCCUUAUUAUUAGGACAAAUAACCAAAGCAGACCCAUUCCUUCAAAUCAAAGCUGAGAAUGCUGAAGAAAGCCAACAGUCCUUUUUAUUCCAGUUAUUUAUGGAGAAAGAUGAACGAUUAGUAUUACCCACUACACAACAGUUAUUUGAAUUAUCUUUCUUACAAAACAGACUGAAAUUACAAGAGCGACCUUCAUGUCUCAUCAUACAGAUGCCAAGAUUUGGUAAAGAUUUUAAGAUGUAUAAAAGAAUAGUCCCCAGUGUAGAAUUAGAUAUAACAGAUGUAUUAGAAAAAGCCCCCCGAGAGUGUAAUAUAUGUGGAGAUUUAGCCUGUUUUGAAUGUAGAGAAUGUUAUAAUACCCAUGGUGAUGGUCUGAAUACGAUAGCUUUCUGUAAACCUUGUAAAGAUAGGAAUCAUCUACACAAAUUACGAGCUCGACAUCAACCCCAGAAAAUAUGUGUUCCUGAAGAAUACUUGGAGUAUCAUAGUCAUCAGAAAACUAUUACGGGACAAAAUCCAUCAAUUAGUCGUGACAAAAUGGAACUGUUUGCUGUUGUUUGUAUACAAACAAGUCAUUAUGUGUCGUUUGUCAAAUGUGGACCGGGAAAAGAUGCACCCUGGGUAUUCUUUGAUUCCAUGGCUGAUAGAAUGGGAGAGCAAAGUGGCUACAACAUUCCAGAGGUACAGUUUUGUCCUGAUUUAAAUAAGUGGUUGUCACCUGAAUACAACAAAGAGAUAAUUAAACGUGAAGACGACAAAGAUUUACCAGAGAAUAUCAAACGUCUGCUAUGUGAUGCUUACAUGUGCAUGUAUCAAUAUAGUGAUGUAGCCAUGUUUAAAUAAUGUUGUGAAAAUAUCUCUCAAUUCUGUCACGGAUAUUUAUAACUGUCCAGAAGAAAAAGAAGAUUCAAAAUGUGAACUUUUUCUGAAAUUUGUUAAUAUGAUAUUCAGAUUUCUAAAAAGGACAUUUAAACUUGUUAAAGAUUUAAAAAGAAUUGAAGAAUAUUAAGUUAAACUAGGGAAAGUAACAUCACAAGUAUUUUCACAAAAUUUAUUUUAAGUCUUUCAAAAAUUACACAAUCAUAAUCAUUCCUGCGAUUUUGUUUACAACUGUCAAAUAUUGAUAAGUAAUAAUGAAGAUGAAGAUAAGGUGAAGAUAUAUGAUAAAAACAAAGUCCCAUGUUUAAUCUGUUUUUCUUAUGAAAUGGAUAAAUGGGGUUUUAAAAUCAAAAAAAUUUUGGGAUGAUUGGGUAGACAACUAUAUCUACUCUUGACUGGAAUUGAUUAAUGUAACAUGUUUAGAACCAUUUCAUUUUGUAGUUGAAAAGAUAAUUAAGCAUUGUCAUACAAGCUUAGACAUUGAAUCUGCAUAGAACUAACUUACUCAGAACAAACAUUUGUUAACAGUUACAGGACAGACACAGCUCUUCUAUUGGGUUAUAAUUUAUAUUGUAACCUCUAUAUGUUGACAAUAAUUGGAAGUAAUCUCAUAUUUUUUAUUCACUUUGAAAUAGUUUGGAAAGAAACAAGAUUUUUUUAUCCCAGUAAUGGUUUUAUUAAAAGGGCAUUGUAAACUAGACAAACAACAUCUUCUAUAUAUGUAUAUUUACAAAUGACAAUGUUAUGAUUUUAGUAAUUUUAUAUCAGUUACUGUGGAUUUACAAUUAUGUUUGGCAUAAAAACUGUGGUUCAUUUUGUGGGUAUAGGUGAGCUAUGAAUUUUAAUGUUCAACAUGAUACUUUUCCUAUAGACUUCAAUGCAGAAUUUGUCAAAACCACAAAAAUCAUGUAUCCACAAAAAUACAAUUCUUCAUCAAACCACCAAAAUUAAUAUACACUAAAAAAAAUAUUCUCAGAAGUCCAUUGCCUGAUAUGCCUGAAGGACAAAGACAAUUCUACAAGGUCACAAUUCUUAAAAGAGCUUUUUUAUGCCCCACCUACGAUAGUAGUAGGGGCAUUAUGUUUUCUGGUCUGUGCGUCCGUUAGUUCGUACGUCUGUCCCGCUUCAGGUUAAAGUUUUUGGUCAAGGUAGUUUUUGAUGAAGUUGAAGUCCAAUCAACUUGAAACUUAGUACACAUGUUCCCUAUAAUAUGAUCUUUCUAAUUUUAAAGCCAAAUUAGAGUUUUGACCCCCCAAUUUCAUGGUCCACUGAACAUAGAAAAUGAUAGUGCGAGUGGGGCAUCAGUGAACUAUGGACACAUUCUUGUUCUCUUGGGAGAGAGUGGAGGGAGAGGGACUAUGUCACUUGAAAGUUUUUUUGAAAUAAUUUUACUUGUACAUGUAUGAAGAAUUAUGACUAUAGUUCUUUAAUGUAUAAAAAGAUAUGAAGUUGUCUUAAAAAUUUUAAACCAAAGGAAAGCAAUAUGUAGUAGAGAACAUAAAAGAAAUAUUUAUACUGAAAUCUUAGCAUCACAAUAUUAAAAGAAAAUCUGCAUUAGCAAAUGUGUCGGUGUAGACAGUAGAGCAUUUUUUGUAGCAGAUUGUAUGAUUAAAAUGUUUGUCCCCUUUCAUAAUAUCAAGUCACACUGUUAUAUAAUUUGGAUUUUUUAAGAAAAAACUAUGUUAUAGCUUGGAGAUAUCUGCUCUUCUUAUUAUCACACAUUGUAUUGUUUUAUUUUUCUCUGAAUGAAUGACUUUGAAUAGAUGGAUAUUUGCAUAGUCCCUUUAAUGAAAAGUAGUUAAUUGUCAUUGCAUUAUCUGCUAAAUACCUUAGUCUAAAUUUUUUAUCAGUUAGAUAUAAUAUAAGCAAUAUUAGAAAGAUCUUUUUUUACUUACUUUUUACAGUGAAACCUACCCAUAUCAAACCCCUUUUGGACUAAUGAUUUUAUUUGAUCAACACUGCUCAACAGUUAAAUACAUUUUUUUUGUUCAAGAGUUAAUUUUAAACAGGCGCCCAGUUUACACAAGAUUCUGUCUAAAUAGAUUUCACUGCAAUAAGUAUUGAAUGUUUAGCCAAAUUAAGUGAUGUAAAAUUCAACAGCAGUACAAAAUGUAUAUUUACUAUAUUUCCUUUUAUUAAAGUAAGAUGUUUUUUGGUCAAUCUAUGACUUUUAUCUAUGCAAUUUAACAAUUUCUACCUUUUUAAUCUCACUAUGAUGUAUAUUUUCUGAUGAAAGUUUUAAUUUUUUUUAUUGGGUAGAACAUGUAUACUUAGCUACAAAACUUUAACUUCAUAGUGAAAACAAAGGUAUACUAUGACUAAGUGGGAAAGCACAAGUAAAAUGCAAAUUACGGAUCAUCUCAGAAGUUCUCAUAGACAUACUAAUUUUUUAAUAAUUUAAACUUUAUAUUUAGCCGGAAAAAAAACAUACAUAUGUCGGUUUUAAUCCACACAAAAAUGUCAAGAUUUUUUGCUAGUUUUCCAAAUGAUAGCCGGCGAUUAGGAACAUUUUUUAUUUCUGUACUUGGAAAAGAUGGAACAAAAAAAUAGAUAUUGUACAUAAUUUGUCUUCUUGAUAAAUCUUGAGAUUACUUAUUUGGAAACCAAGUAAAAUAUCAUGUGAAGCAAAUACACUUAUUUAUAAAAAUGUUGCUUAAUUUUUAUCAAGUUUUGUAGUUAACUAAAUUAUUUAACAGUAUGGAGAAACAUACAAUUGCAUGGGAACUUCUGAGGUGAUCUUUACCAAUAUAUUGUUUUACAACAACAAAAACUGACAAGAUUGUGUGAUCUGAGUAUGUGUAUGAUGAUCACAUGAUACAUUACAUAUGAACAUGUGAUCUGAGUAUGUGGAUAUGAUGAUCACAUGACAAAUUACAUUUAAAGACAUGUGAUCUGAGUAUAAAUGUUGAUCACAUAAGUCUAGUAUGAGUCUUUCUGUAAUGGCAGCUGAAUACCAGAUUGUAUUAAAGUACAUGUGUUAGUGUGGUGCCUAAGUAUUAGAGUGGUCAGUUUAUGUUAUGUUAUAAAUGAAAGGUUUGGUUUGACCAAAGAGGGAGUUAUAGAUUGUUGUUGUUAUAGAGUUGAACUUGUUUCUCAGUGGCCAGUUUUAUGUUAGAAUCUGUUUGUUUUAUAGAUGAUGUAAUUGCAAUUGACUGUUUACUUUGUAAACCAAACACACCUUGAACAGAGUUUUUUAACUUAUAAAUAGGCUAGAGGUAGCACAUAUUGCCGAAAAAUGUCUUUUGAACAUUUCUACAUUUGAUUUUCCACUUAACAAUAGAAUUUAUUAUAAAAGUAUGAAACUUCAUUACUGUUUUUUAUUGCACAUUUGUAAGUGAAUUUAUGACCAAAAUACAUAUAUAUCUCUGACAAACCAAAAACCUUAAAAAAAUGCUGAAAUUCUUGUUGUUUUCAUGGGUUGGUUUUGUCACUUGUUUUUCAUUGAGAAGUGCAAAUAUUUCCAGAUAGUGGGGGUUAUCAACAGAUUAUAUAGGAGUUAUUCAAGAACUGAAAAUUUAAUACAAAUUUCUGUUGUUCACAGCUAGAAUGAAACCUGAUUUUUAUAUACACAUGAGACUGCUUGGCAACAAUUAUAUAUAAAAAGUAAUCAGAAUGUCACACCUUAUCAACCUUAUAUGAGCAAUGUUACCAAGAAAUUCCAAGAGUUUGUUGAUUAAAUUAAGAAUUAGCACAAUAUCUGAACUGAAAGAUUAACAACAUCUUCAUAAUUUAAAAUGGCGGACAAUUUCCUUGUAUGAAGUUGACUUACACAUGACACAUACAUUUCAUUUAGGUAUGAUUUGAAACUCUCAUGCUUACAUAUUACACUGACAAGCAUUGGUUUGUAUUUUUUAGAAUAUUUGACAAAAUGUUGUUAGAACAUUGUAUUUUUUCUGCUCUGUAUAAAGAUGUGCAGUGUGUCUUCCAUGUUAAAGUUGUGAUGUUCGUAUUUCUUCAACCCCUUAUAGAAAUCGUGAUUUUUUUGCCAAUAGAAAAUUUGUGAUUAUUUUCUGCCCAACGACUCUGUAUAGAUUAGCUUAGAUUGGCUGUGUUGUCUGCCUGAUUGUUAACUUAUUUAUAAAUACUUGAUGUUUAUUCUUUUUAUAAUAAAAUGCAAUAAAUCUUA